CUCACGUCGCUCGGCGCCACACCGUCCGCAUUCUUUCUUCUCUCUGCUUCGCUUCUCUGUUCCCAAUCUCCACUUUCUCGGGUGCUUUGACUGCACUGCAUCGCAUCGUCGUCUCCCUUUUGGCCUAAGGGUUCGAGUAUAGUAUGAGCUAGAAUGACUGGCCUCACCCAGCCACUAUCGAUUCUAAAGCCCGCUAUAUCCCAGCGGGUUGAUGGUCGCGUUGCUCCAACAAUGACCCAGUUGCCCAGUGGCCCAGUAUCCUGCACAGCUCCGCUCCAUCAAUAGCCCAAACAUCCAGGAACAGCUCCGCUCACGUACUCCAAUCUGCCCCGCCAGAUUCAUGCGGAAAGCCGUGAAUGGGAAUUUCCCCCUCAUGGACGCAGAAUGGGUAUGGUGUGAUAUGUAAUGUAUGUAUGUACGUACAUACAUACUUGUACAUGUACAUGUACUUAGUACUACUGUACAAGUCGAUGACUGGGGCCAGGCUAGGCCCGGCGGAACGCUGCAAUCCCCUCCGCCUUGCUCCGGCCGGAGCCAAUUGCUGGAAACGUUGGGCAGAAACCUAAGGUCAUUUCCAGGCAAGAAAAAUUUACCAUGCCACUUGGCUUGCACGGCAUUGUGAGGCAUCGCCUUACCUGACAUUUCUGGCCUCUCCUCAUUGCAACUUACUUCCUAAGCCUUGUGUUAAAUUAAUCCAUUGGAUAGUUAGAGUACUUCCGUCGUUAUUUAAAUCAUUUCUACCAUUUAAUUGGAAGACGUGAAUGUCGUUCUUGCCUCCUAGACUUCCCACAACACUUGUUUUGUCUUGUUUUCUUACUAUUUCUAGUUUAUGAGUUUUUUUUUCUUUUUUUCCUUUUUUUUCUUUUUUUCCUUUUUUUUCUUUUUUUUUUCGUUCUCCUUAUUUUCGGUCCCCAUAUCCGGUAAUGAAUUAUUGCUUACAACAUCGUGCAUACCUCCGGCUUUCGGGCUUGCAUCAGCAACCCACUCUCGUGCGGUUGGUACACAUCCGUGAAUUCAACCAAAAUCCCGUCAUAUCGUGAGACGUGGCCCAAUGGCAUAUAAAAUGCCUACGAAUUGGUCGAUGAAUUUGCCUUCCACCCAGCUGCCUGUGAGUAUGUCUUCCUAGGGCUUCCACCAUAGCUCCCAAUGGAAGAUACCCCCUGCGUCAUCUGCGAGGGCAGUUCGACAUGUGCUUUGUUGCAUUCCUGUUUCCUAUUACAUCGCCUCCUUCGCUGUUCCUUGCCAGCUUCAUCCUCUCAUAUCUUAAACUUCUUUGGCCUUGUCACUGUGUGUCACUCUCUUUGACGACUCGUUUGCUUUUCUCACCCCUCACCUUUCUACACUUUUAAAUCAGCGAAUGCCCCCGCCAGCGCCCAGUGCCUUCUCGAUAUUCUGAUAGAUCAUUCGCCAGUUGAAUAUGGCAAAGAAAAAGAAGGCUAAGAAACAAAACAAUAACCCUCCUCCCAGCUUCACGAAACCCUCUAUUACGAGUGACAACGAUAUCGACACCAAUUCAUCUGUAGACAGUGCUUCCCCGGUGGCUGCGACUUUACAAGAUGUCAAAGCCUCCGUUCGAGGUCAGGAUGAUCCACCAAUUACUGACCCAAGUGAACCUGUUUCAUCCCCUGUCGAAGCCUCACUAGCCGAGCUCUCGAACGAUGUAGUUGACAAGCAGGAGGAAGCAAAGGAAGAGACGGUAGAGAAAUUGGAGGAAGAACUGCGUGAGGACGAAUUCGCUGAAGAUGGGACAGAGGGGAAAACAGAGGAAGCUUCGAUUGAAGGUGGCGGCGAUCGCAAGGAGGAUAUACCAGAUGAAAAUAAACAAGAGGAGAAUGGAAAUGGGGUAACCGCGAGCGAGGACGUCAGUCCUUUGGCUGAUGCCAGAAGUCCAGAAGACGUUGAACCCGAAUCGCCCAAGGCCCCAGAGAAUGAGCAAGUUGAUGCUCCCGGGGAAACUUCCCCAGAUAUCCCCGAGGCCUGUGAUAACGAAGAUGAUACAGUUUUCCCAGAUGUCGAUCCCGAAGCUGAGGUCGACCAGGUGAAGGCAGAGAGGGAGGCUGAGGCUAAUGUUGAUGACGAUGAUUAUGAUGAAAACAUCGUAUUGGGCCAUUGUCUUGAAGAAACAGAAGAGCCUGUUAAUGAACCCAAUGAAGGAGACGAAGCAGCCGCUAAUGAACCUGAUGCACCUGGUGCGGAGGCGCCCGGACCGGAUGAUGCCAUAAAAGCCGACGAACAGGAUUCAGAAUUGCACGAGGCAGACAAUCCUGUUGAAGUUGUAUCUCCCAACUUAGAAGCACAAAGCGACCCUGAAGAAUCUCCAGCUGUUGAGCCGACUGGAGAUCCACAGGUUGAAGAUAGCCCAGAGGUCCCAAAUGUCGAAGAUGCUGUGAAUACCCCGGCUUCUGUAGAUGAGCACGCUGCGAAGGAUCCUGGGGAUGAAGAGCCUAACCCUCCAAAAGAAAUGCCAACUGAAGAUACAUCAGUCGAAGAAAGAUGUCGUACAGAAGAGGAACCAACUGAUAAGUCAACUCAAGAGCCACUAGCGGAGGACACACCAGAAGAAGAACCUUCCAGCGCAGAUGAGCCGGCCCCAGCGGAAGUGCCGCCUAGUGACGAUACACGUACGGGUGAUUCUCCCCCCGAAGAAGCACCAGCCGAAGAGCCCGCUUCACCAGAAGAACCAGCUCCUGAAGACCCCUCUUCUGAGGAACCUGUCCCAACAGUAGAGCCUACAGCCGAGGAACCAGCCGCCGGGACCCCGCCCAUCGAAGAGCCCGCCGUAGUAGAAGAAUCGCUCCUGGAAGAAACGGCAACAGGCGAUGCCCCUCAUGGAGGAGCUUCUGUUGAUAAUCCGCCUGUCGAAGAGACCUCUACCGAGGGUGCAGACGCUGAGAACGCCCCUGCUGAGGACCCUUCUCUGGAAGAGCCGACUCCGUUGGAAGAUGCUCCUAAAGAAGAAGUAAUUGUGGAGGAACCAGCUACAGAGGAGGCAUCACAGGCGGAUGAUCCUCCAGACUCAAACACUCCGCCAGAUGAACCGACUCUAGAGCUAGCUGUUAACGAGGAGCCUCCCAUUCCGGAAGUAUCAGCGCCUACGGAAAUCCCUACUCAGAACGUUCCACCAGACCAGUUACCCGCUGACGAAUCGGUUGCUGAAAUUGCUCGUGGAAAUAUUGAUGAAGAAGUCAUAAUCGACUCUCCGGCGGGAGAAUCAGCAGAGGGUGUCACAUCAUCGAAGGCAAGACGGAGAAAACGUCGACAUCGCUCGCAAUGGGAGCGUGAGAGGCGAGGAUCGAAGAGCUCCUCUGACAGUUAUGCUCUCCGUCGUCGGAAGGGCGAACAAACGGUUUUUGCCAAUCCAAUGUCGGAAGCACUUGGCGAAGCAAAGAAACAGAGGUUGUCAAGGUUAAGUUCGAAUGAGGAUCGAGCCGAGCGACAUAGAAGGGAAAGUCGCAGAUAUAGCGAAGGAUGGGCCAGGAGGGGGAGCGCCGCAAAGGAUUCAUUUGAUGCAAGUCGCCAUUCGAGUUCCUCUCGAAGCAGAAGAGAGUCGACCUCAUUUACCCUGUCAGGCAUAUCCGCCAAACCAGUUGCACUACUAAAGCUUAUGACCAAUGGAGAAUCCAAAUCCAAUGGACCCCUGCUCAAGCUCAACGUAAACGACCAGUACGAGAGAAGAUCAUCUACAUCCCGUCCAUCGGACUCCUCAAGCAGUUCCCGCCCCCACUCCAAUUCCCACUCACAUCGCAGACAUCGACAACAUGGCGAGAAGGAGUCGAGGAGUCGCGAGCAUAGGUCACCAAGGGACUCGAGUGAUGAUGCCGAUGCUGAGAGGCGCAGGCGGGAACAUCGAAGAUCGAGAAGGGCUGAUGAUCUACUGGAAGAACGACCAAGGAGGAGGGAUAGCCAUUACGAAGGACGAAGACGAGAGCGACGCGACUCUGACAGAUAUCGUCACAACGGUCCUUUAGACAAACUGAAGGACAGGUUCAUGGGAAACCUCCGGACCGUCCUUGCCGCUGCUGGAUAAACAGCCUUAUUCUCUUACAUUCUACCCGUAUUUUGAUCCUUUACUAAAGCCCUUCUCACCCCCGUUCAGAGUUCAUUCCCGUUCUUGUCAUUUCUCAUUUCUACAUUAUUUUAUAUUUAAUAAUUUUUUAUGCGGACGGUUCGGCUUCCUUUCCUUGUUUUACAAUUUCGUCAUGUUUCCCUCCGUUUAUUCUAUUUGCAGGCUGGGAAGUAGGAUGAGCAUAUGUUGUGCAGAUAAUGGAUUGGAUCGUCUUUUCAUUCGAACUGUACAUUUUAGGCUUUUCCUUUCGUGGUUUCGCUUUAGCAUUUUGCAAGCGUUUUCAUAUCUUUGUCCUUUGGCUUGUGUGUUCGUCGUUUGCUAUUCCUUACAUUUUGACAACCCCCCCCCCCCCCCCCCACCUUUAAACACGUGACGGUCUUUUGGGGGGGAGAAGCCCACCUCAAUAUGUGUAUAUAUUUAUCCCCUAUCCUCCCUCUCCCUCUUCCCCCCCCCCCCCUCCCCCUUUUUUUCUUACUUCACAUAUUUCACUUCUUGUACUUAUCCACCUUGGUGUAUCAAAUACUUCCCCUUGCUUCACUUCCUCCUGUCUGUCUUUCUUACUUCUCUCGCACCAAAAGUUUGGGCUAUGGCUUUCUGCCAUUCCCCGUUGGUGGAUUUUAUGGCCAUUUGAAAUUUAUAACCAUAGCUUCGAAUUCUCAUUUAAAGUUGUUCCAUCCGUGAAAUAAGUCAAAUCCAAUAUCUCC